AUCAGUUUGACUGCUGCUGCUGCUCGGCCAGUCGCACUGAUUAGCUUCUGGGAUAUUAGGACAACAGUCAAACAGAAAACACGGAGGAAUUUGGUUAGCUGAAGGCACAAUCUUUUGGGAGAGAUGGCUGCGAUCAGAAAGAAGCUGGUGAUAGUUGGAGACGGUGCGUGUGGGAAGACCUGCCUCCUCAUCGUCUUCAGCAAGGAUCAGUUCCCAGAAGUCUACGUCCCCACUGUAUUUGAGAACUACAUCGCUGACAUUGAAGUUGAUGGCAAACAGGUGGAAUUGGCACUGUGGGAUACUGCCGGCCAGGAGGAUUAUGACCGACUGCGGCCUCUCUCCUACCCUGACACCGACGUAAUACUUAUGUGCUUUUCCAUAGACAGCCCUGACAGUUUAGAGAACAUUCCUGAGAAAUGGACCCCUGAAGUAAAGCACUUCUGUCCCAACGUCCCCAUCAUACUUGUGGGCAACAAGAAGGACCUUAGAAACGAUGAACACACACGCAGAGAGUUGGCCAAGAUGAAACAGGAGCCUGUCAAGUCUGAGGAGGGCAAAGACAUGGCACAACGCAUCGGUGCCUUUGGCUACCUGGAGUGCUCAGCCAAGACUAAGGACGGCGUGCGGGAAGUGUUUGAGAUGGCUACCAGAGCAGCGCUGCAGGUCCGCAAGCGCAAGAAGCGGGGCGGCUGCCAGUUACUGUGAGGAGUCUGUAUCUGCUGGCUGAUCAACACUUUAGGGAGGACUCUCACAGACAUGCAGAACAAACUUAGAGAAACCUUAAAUCCGUGGCUUCCAUAGACUGUACUUACUCCACAGAUGCAGACGUAUAUGAGAGACUGCCACACCUGUUUAAAAGCAAAACAAAUCAGUUAUUAUUAAAUGUUUUCUUUCCAACUUUCUGCUCCUAUCCUGCUGUUUCCUGUAACCAGCACACCAGUCUGCUUGUGUGGCAGAUUGAACCCUUCUUUCUGUAUGAAUGUAUGUUUGUAUUUAAAUGUGCAUUAUUCUUUAAAAAUGCCAUGCCUUCUGCUUGCGUGUCAUGAUUCUGUUUACAGAGAAGGGUCAUGUGCUCUUCCUGUCCUGUCAUUGUUUCUCCUUCAGCAUUGUGGGUUUUUUUCUUUUCUUUUUUUUCUUUAGAUUUGCUUCCUUCUGCUUUUUCUAAAACCUCCAUGUACCACUUGGUUUCCUUUUAUACACCAGAUUAUGUGGCGGUUAUCUGCAUUGUACCACUAUUAGUUUUGUACUCUAAAACUUGUAUGCCGCCAAGUGCUGUGUCUGCCGAGCUGUUUUUCACCAUUUGCCGUUCUGCAAGAGACUAAAUUUAGAACCUGUUCACACCUAAUUAAGCCCAGCAUACACUAGUACACUGAAAGAGCAGACAGGAUUUGGAAGGAGAGGCUUCGGACGGCACACUGGUCCCUCCCAGUAAUGGCGACAGCUUAAACUGGCACUGCAAACAGUGCUGUACUGUUGAGGACAAUACUAGCAGUUGCACUCCUCUGGCUCUGACAGACAUGAGAAAUGCUUUCCCUCCACCAGGCCAGCCUCCUCUCUGAUCUCAGUUCUGUUUCAGAUCCUGUAUACAGUUGCCUCAUUACUGCGUAAAAGAUUUUCUGAAGCUGAAUAUGCUCCGUUUACAGCCAUUUUUAUAUACAGUUUUGGUCUGUCAUCUAUAGAAGAGCAGUGCCAUCUCUUGCUCAGCAGCAACACUUCUGUCGGCCAAGUUUUUUUUUUUUUUUUUAAUAAUAUGCACUAACAUACAGGUUUUUCUCUCUAGAUCAGAUUUUAAAUUCUUUGACGCAUCAUAUGCGCAUGUCUAGUCCUUAAACCCAUUUAUGCUACAGUUUGAGUGUUUUUCCAUCAGUCCACCUUAAAAUCCAUGAUCCCCUUUUUUUGUCUUUUAUUGUCACCAUUGCAAACUGAUAAGUCACCUGUUUUAUACAUUUAUAUUCAGAGAUUUGACGGCCUAGAAAUAAUACCUGCACAUUUGGGCCGCGUGUUAAAUGUCUAAUGCAUAGCUUAAGAGAAAAUGUUGAUUGUAGAAAACGCUUUGCAAACAGGAGAGGAUUGUUUUGUCUGGAUGAGAUGACCGUGUUAAUAAAAUAUUUUUGAAACUCA